CAUCUGGUAAGCCUUCUUUCGAUUCCUUUUUUCAAUUUCCAUGCAUGCUUGUUGAACUUUCAAUAUUCGACUUAAUUUAAACGAGCUCAUAUUCUUUCAUACGUGAGAUGUAGACAAAUUUUUAAGUGCACAUUUCUUCAAAGAGAUAAGGAAUACUGCUGAUAUUUGGCUGAAAUUUCCAUCAAAGGAGUCUGUUCCAUACACAGAGUUGGUAAAGUGUCAGGAAAGCUAAACCCGUUCAAUUUCGCGUAUAUCAGCAGGAUUCAGUUGAUCUACUUGGAAAGAUUAUGAUUGAAGAAGGCCAAGUAAUGAUUAUUACAUGGUUUAAGAGUGUAUGGUCAUGGUUAUGGAAUAUCGCGGUUUACUUUCGAUCCAAAAUAGACAGUUCUAGUAAUGGUCAUGACAGCGAUGUAGACGGGGUUUUUAUUGACAGUGCUGACAACGCACAGAGAAGAUCACGUCCCAGUAUCGGCGUUGCACGCUCCGUUCCAACACGUAAAUUCAGAAAUCUGAAAGAUGACACCGUUCACCUUACGAAUCCGUACUGCGUGGUGAUUGUAAACAUAUUUUACAAGAACAGAGUAAGUCCACGGAACGGGGCUCAAGCUGAUCUCGAAAAUAUCCAAAGACUUCUGAAGGACAGUGCUGGUUUUAAAUCUGUUCAUGUUCAUGUGGAUGUGACACGAAGAAACAUUUUAGAGAUAAUGGAUGAAGUUUCUAAUUCAUCAGAAAUGGACAAUCACGAUGGUCUCGUCGUUUUUAUUUCAAGCCACGGGAAAGCAAAAGGAAUUAUUAUGGCAGACAAUGAAACGGUAAAAGUUGACGAGAUAACCUCAAGAGUUAACGGCAAGCAAUGCGACUCCCUCUGGGGAAAACCAAAAAUAUUCUUCAUUUCUGCUUGCCGGGGAAAGAAAAAAGAUGCCGGGGCGACUGGGCCUCAGCUCGUCACAUCAGAUUCAGGCGAGGACGAGAAACUAGCGGUGAGACUCCCAACCGAAGCAGAUUUCCUGAUCUGUUACUCAACCUCCAAAGGCUUCAUAUCCUACCGGAGAUUUAAUCUGGAUAUUAAACUUACCCCGGAUAUGGGAACUUGGUUAAUUAGCACCGUUACCCAAAUAUUCGAAGAAAGAAUGAAAGAUGAAGAUAUUAUGCAAAUGUUGACACGUGUUAACGCAACGGUGGCAAGCAAAGCAAGUGGUGGUGAUCACGUGGACGGCAUGAAGCAAAUGCCAGUGCAGAUGCACAUGCUGAGGCACCGAGUGUUCUUUGGAAAGUGACAAGUCGUCAUUUACUUAGCUUUUCAUUGUUUACGUAGAUUACAAACGGAUAAGAAUUAGCGGAUAUUUUUAAAACUUGGGAAACGCGAAACUUGUGAAAACUAUAGUGACCUAGCUCGGCACAUUUCGUUGCAAACCUCAAAUUUGUCUAACUUCAAUAUAUAUAUUUACAUAUCAAUACUAAAACCUUUAUUUAACAAUAAAGUACCAAAAUGUUUUCACGUAGAUAUUUCACAGUGUAUAUAUAGCAGUUGAGAAAAAUAAGGCAUGCGGGCAGGUAGUUAGUCAUUCAGUGACAAAAUUUCAAUAGAGAAAAAAUAGACUAUCAAAUGGGAAUUCAUUGUCAGGGUUGUAUAAUUCACUUUCUUUUCUUAUAAUGGAAAUUACGUCAACUUUUGAAACCAUGGACACAAGUCCCGUUUACGCUACACUAAAGUAUUAUCACCCACAACCAAUUUUAGCUACCAAUACAAACCCAAAGGCCGCGCAGUGAUAAAAUUUGUUUUAGCUGUGCCGUGCUAAUAAAUUGAAAGUUGUGUAAACGGAACUAAAAAUUCGAACGUCCAACAAAAAAGGUGGCU